CGAUGGGGUGAGAGGAGCUCUCCCCAUGGCUGGGCUGCGGUCCAGCCCCACCCCCUCAGGCUAUGCCAGGGGGCGUAGCCAGGAGCAGCCAGGCAGCACCAGUCCAGCCCACUCCUCCAUAAAGCCCUCGCACCCCAGGAGCCAGCAGAGCCAGGCAGGAUGGAGAGGAGACGCAUCACCUCGGCUGCUCGCCGUGCCUACGUCUCAUCCUCUGCGGAGAUGGUGGGGGGCCUGGCUCCGGGUCGCCGCCUGGGUGCUGGCCCCCGCCUCUCCCUGGCUCGAAUGCCCCCUCCUCUCCCGGCCCGGGUGGACUUCUCCCUGGCCGGGGCACUCAACGCUGGCUUCAAGGAGACCCGGGUCAGUGAGAGAGCAGAGAUGAUGGAGCUCAAUGACCGCUUUGCCAGCUACAUCGAGAAGGUUCGCUUCCUGGAACAGCAAAACAAGGCACUGGCUGCUGAGCUGAACCAGCUGCGGGCCAAGGAGCCCACCAAGCUGGCCGACGUCUACCAGGCUGAGCUGCGUGAGCUGCGGCUACGGCUCGACCAACUCACCGCCAACAGCGCCCGGCUGGAGGUCGAGAGGGACAACCUGGCACAGGACCUGGGCACCCUGAGGCAGAAGCUCCAAGAUGAAACCAACCUGAGGCUGGAGGCCGAGAACAACCUGGCCGCCUUUCGACAGGAGGCAGAUGAAGCCACCCUGGCCCGUCUGGAUCUGGAGAGGAAGAUUGAGUCCCUGGAGGAGGAGAUCCGGUUCUUGAGGAAGAUCCAUGACGAGGAGGUUCGGGAACUCCAGGAGCAGCUGGCCCAACAGCAGGUCCAUGUGGAGCUGGAUGUGGCCAAGCCAGACCUCACAGCAGCCCUGAGAGAGAUCCGCACGCAGUACGAGGCAGUGGCGUCCAGCAACAUGCAUGAGGCAGAGGAGUGGUAUCGGUCCAAGUUUGCGGACCUGACAGACGCUGCCGCCCGUAACUCGGAGCUGCUCCGCCAGGCCAAGCACGAGGCCAACGACUACCGGCGCCAGCUGCAGGCCUUGACCUGCGACCUGGAGUCCUUGCGCGGCACGAACGAGUCCCUGGAGAGGCAGAUGCGCGAGCAGGAGGAGCGCCACGUGCGGGAGGCAGCGAGCUACCAGGACGCGCUGGCCCGGCUGGAGGAGGAGGGGCAGAGCCUCAAGGAUGAGAUGGCCCGCCACCUGCAGGAGUACCAGGACCUGCUCAACGUCAAGCUGGCCCUGGACAUCGAGAUCGCCACCUACAGAAAGCUGCUGGAGGGCGAGGAGAACCGCAUCACCAUUCCUGUGCAGACCUUCUCCAACCUGCAGAUCCGAGAAACCAGCCUGGACACCAAGUCCGUGUCAGAAGGCCACCUCAAGAGGAACAUCGUGGUGAAGACUGUGGAGAUGCGGGAUGGAGAGGUCAUUAAGGAGUCCAAGCAGGAGCACAAGGACGUGAUGUGAGGCAGGCCCCACCUGGUGGCCCCUGCCCCACAGCAUGAGGAACCUGCAGCAGGAGCAGGACAGUUGCCCCACUUCUGAUAGCUCAUUUCUCCAGACCUGAGUUUCCAUCCACCCCAGCUGCUCCCCUUCUUCCGUCUCUACCCAGCUUGCUGCCCUAGGCUCCGUCAGCAUUAGGCCUGUCGGACAGCACCCACUCGGCACCCAGCAGCUCCAACUAACAGGGCACUCACCCCAAAGGGGCAGCGUGGAAGGGCAUGGCCAGCAGCUUGGGUUAGAAUUGGGAAGAGGAGAAGCAGUGGGACCUAAUAAAUCACCCUCAUAUCCCCAUCCCUGUUGUUAUGGCAACCGUUGCCGGAGUUGGAGGUCUCCGGGGUGUCUGGCAACUGGGCUUUUGAGUUUCCUCAGGCUGCUGGAGGAAAAGCAAAACCCAGACAGGAAGGGGAAGUCCCCACAGGCAAGGGAGGCCUGGCCACAGGCUUG